GUCACUUCCUGUUUGUUGUUGACGGCUGAACUGCGUUUGAGCUCCGUCACUAUAUUCUUUUCAUUGACUAUUUUUAACUUAAAAAUCUAUUUUAUACACCAUCGUUUCCGUUUAUAUAACGCGUGAAUAUAUCCUCUAUUGUAUUCUACAACAAAAACAAUCAGAGCGACUCGCUAUCACUAGAUUUAUUUUGAUCUCCCGGGUCCGCUAUUAGCUUUUAGCCAGUUAGCAUCAGCAAGCGUGGUUGCUGCUAACUGAGCUUACAUUGCUAAUACUCUAUUCACACACAUUACCACUGCUGUACUCACUGUUACUUGCUUUAAUGGCGGAUGAAUGUCUCCACUCUGUGCAGCUCGAGCUCGAGGCCGUGGGGAAGCAGAUUCGCGACCUGGAACGGAGGCAGGCCGAGCUGAGAGAGCGGAGAGCCGCGCUGGAAUCAUCCCGGGCUGACGCUCACAAGUCCGGGGUAAGUAUACAGCGUGCUGUUAACAGUCCCACCACGUCUACUCCGUGUGUUUCUCUGCGCAGGCCCGGUGCACCCAGGACGCGAUCUUCCCAGAUGUCCUUCACUGCGACGCCGGGACACCACGGACCCUGGGUGCAUCCACAGCGGAGGAUGCGAGCCGGGUCCCGGGCGACGACAUCUCCCCCUCCUGCCUUCGAGAUCUCCAUCCAGAACCGCUUCGCUCCCCUCCGCGAGACAGGACGCGACGCUGUGAUCAUCGGAGACUCCAUCGUCCGACGCAUACCCGCGAUCCUGAAGGACGACGAGAGCCCCAGAGCGGUCGUGCUUCACGCCGGGGUUAACGACACCACGCUGCGGCAGACGGAGACGCUGAAGAGGGACUUCAGGAGCCUGAUCGAGACGGUUCGCAGCACGACGCCCGCGGCGACGAUCGUCGUGUCAGGACCACUGCCCACGUAUCGACGAGGACACGAAAGGUUCAGUAGACUUUUUGCUUUAAAUGAAUGGUUGUUGUCAUGGUGUAAAGAACAGAAACUGCUAUUUGUUAAUAACUGGAAUCUUUUCUGGGAGCGUCCUAGACUGUUUCGCGCUGAUGGAUUACACCCCAGCAGAAUUGGAGCGGAGCUUCUCUCUGACAACAUCUCCAGGACACUUCGCUCCAUGUGACUAGUAAGACAAUUCUCAAAUAACCAUUAUGAUGAGUUUUGUUCCACCCGCUUAAAUGCUAAAAGUACUUGCGCUGUAAAAUCUAUU